AUGGCAGAUUAUUCGCACUUUGGAAUUCCACCCAAAGAAUGGGCUGACUUCCUCGACCGUACCGGACCCCUAGCCCAGACAACCAUUGAACGAGACCAAACAAUCGAAGACUUGCAACGUAAGACAAAUGAAUCUCGCGAUGCAGUGUCAGCUAGGUUUAUGACUUCUGGGCUCUCUGACAAGAUCCAUUGGGUGGAUUAUGAUAUUCCUACCCGAGACGGCGAAACCAUUACUGCUCGUGCAUACGAAGGUAAAUAUGCACGAGCUGUGACAGACUCCCGUCUUCCUGUAUAUCUAUUCUUCCACGGAGGCGGUUUCUUGUUUGGCACACUCUCCUCCGAAGAUGCUACCUGCGCCCGAAUAGCGAGCGAGUUACCCAUAAUUGUUGUUAAUGUCUGCUAUAGACAUACACCUCAAUUCAAGCACCCAACACAAGUUUAUGAUGCACAGGACGCGUUUUAUUGGGUUUCUAAACACAUGGAUGACCUCAGAGGUGACCCAGAAAAGCUCAUUGUUGGAGGGGUAUCAGCUGGAGCGUCUUUGGCGGCCACACUGACUAUUCGGGAAAACCGCAGCCGCGACAAAAAAAAGAUACUUGGUCAGGUCCUGUGUAUUCCAUGGCUAUCACAUCCAGAUAUCGCUUCGAAAAAAAGUGAUGGCAGAGUCGGGUCGUAUUCACAGAACGAAUGUGCUCCAAUAUUGCCUCGUGUCCAAAUCGAGUUUUUCACUCGUGCUCUGAGCGUGGAAGACCCAAAAGAUAAGGCGAUAUUUGCAAGCAAUGCUGAUGAUGACGAGUUGAUGGGCAUGCCCAAGACGCUUAUGUUGGUUUGUGGCAGGGACGUGCUUCGCGACGAGGGUUUGGAUUACGCCGAGCGGCUUCGCAACCUAGGAGUGCCUACCAAAUUGACCGUCUUCUCGGGUCUUCCUCACGGAUUCCAACGCUACCUAGAUCUACCAUCUACGAGUCGUUGGUUCGAGACUAUUAAUCAGGGGCUAGAAUGGAUUCUGUCGGAGGAAGCAAAGAUAUAG